UUUUUGCAUAACAUCAAAAGCUGUGCCAUGCUUGCUUAACUAAAUAGAAAUUUUUUUCCAGGCCAAUGAUGAUUUCACUGAUGUCCAAAUGAGGAAAAACAAUACAAUGGCACUGAUACAGGCACUAAAUUAAGGAAGCUCAAACAUGCAUUUUAGUCUAAGCCUUGUCCGGGAAACUGCCUCAUGGUCUUAUAAGCAUUAUAAUCUGGUUUGCAUUUAUUAACUUAUUCGUUUGUGUGUGUGCAUGUACAUAUUAACUUUUACUUGCUCUGGAGUUCCCCUUUUCAGUGUUAAUAAAAAAUCAAGAGUUGCAAAAGCAACAUAUGUGUCAACACAAAAACGAUCAAAAUUUUUGACAACAUAUUCCAGAACGUGAGUCACGUGAAUGUUCGUGUGAAAAAACAAUAUAUAAGGAUCAGACACAGCUCUCUGUAAACGUGUUUCACCUCAGCACACACUGAAGUAAAGAUGAAGGUUCUGCUGCUGUCAUUGGCUCUCGCACUGCUGUUGGCUGAUGGAUUUGCCUUGAGAUGUAAUAACUGUGUUCCCCGCUCUGGUGGACGUUGUACGACCACUAGGGAGACUUGUGGGUAUAGGCAAGAUGCUUGUGUAUCUGCCAGAUUUACAAGCUAUCCUUUUUCUUACUUCCGGAGGUGCAUUGCUAUGUCCGACUGCAUGAUUCUUCGGGCCAGCCCUCACAUCUCAGCCUCAUGCUGUCAGAGUGAUCUGUGCAAUUAAAUUCACAGGGCUCAACAUACACAUAUUGCAUUUUUAAGAAGAAACAAAUCAAAUGGGAAGAUUUUUUUAUGCCACUGAGCUCAUCAUUUAUUUACAUAAGCAAAAAUAAGGAUUUACACAACUUGCAAAUUUGUUAGGAGGGAUUAUGAUGUACGCUGUUUAUUUCUUUUAAUCAUUUUAGAUGCCAAUUUAUAUAAUGUACAAAAACUUGGGUCUACACAUUCUUAAUUUGUGUUUUUUUCCCCACAUUUUAAAUUAAUUAACCUCCCAAAACAAUAAAAUUACAUAAAUGAAACAAAAGGAAAUAUAUAAUAUAGACCUAAAACAUCUUUAAAUAGAAGUAAACUGUUUUAUUUUAACAUCUUCAGUGUAGACACCCAUUGCUUAGAAUUAGCAAACAAAAGUCCUCUUGGCUUUUAUCACACGACUUAUUUAAGUCUCACACUGAGGUGCCCUUUAACAGUGUUGAAUUAAAUUGCAUCUAUUUUGAAAACAUUUUUAAAUAAAGAUUUUUAGAAACAAAUAUGUUGACAAAAUUAUAUGGCUCUACACAUAACUAUUUCAAACAUUCACACAUAUGCCUUCAUAUCUGAGAUCAUGAAAGUCUAGCAGCCUGAAACUUUGUGAAUGUGUGUGUUUGUGUGUCUUGUUUUUUUUGUUUUUUUUGUAAAUGAAAUUCAGUUGUCAUAGUUGGUUAAGAAGCAUUUUCUACCUUGUUUGACAUAAAAAUGCUGCAAAUUUUAGCUUAGAUCCUGUCAUAAGGUCAUUGAUUUGUUUAAUUAGCUUACCAUGUGACCUGACAGAGCAUUUUUAAUGAAUUAUUGUUUUUAUUAGAAUCACAUAAUUAUUAAAUAAUGACUGCUAAUGAAUCAAAUA